GCGAGAGUUGUAUGUGCAUUGCGGAAGUAUCGGAGCACUCACUGUACUAUACAGUAAUCGGGAUUAUUUGGUACUGUACUGUGAUGAGGUUGGAAGCUUGGGUUCUGGGAGCGUUGCUUGCGCUGCUAAUGGAGCGACCGGCUGAAUCCUCACUCCAGGAGAAAACUAUUCCAGACCACCAUCAUGCACUUACCACCCCAUGUUGGGCUGCUGAGGAGUAUCUGAUGUUAAAGGAGUGCUAUGCCUGUCCUAACUUCCAGUAUAAAACUACAACAGAAUGUAGUGUCACUGGUUUUGUAGAGCAAGUUAAGUGCGCUACAUCAAAUAAAGAGGAGUAUAAGAGCUGCCGGUCCGUUGUGAGAGAGAAGGAAAUCUUCUGGGAGUUUGUUGGCAGCAUGAUUAUAGCAUCUGUGGUGGUAUCUCUCAUUGUGAUAUUCAGGCAAAGGACACUGGACAGACGGGCGUUAGAGAAGGUGCGCAAACAAAUCGAAUCUAUUUAAAAAAUGGACAGACCCACAUGCUGGCACACUGUGACAUGGACAAGACAAAUCGUCCUGUGACAUAUAUGGAGAGUGGGACGAGAGAACAGAUGGUGGAUGAUGAGAAAUUGAUGUAGUUACCUACAAUUCUUAUUAUCUUUCAUAUUACUGAAAACCUUAGAAUAAGGGCCCAAUUCUGACAGGUCCUGGAUUAGCCUGCAUCAGGAAGAGAUGUCCAUUGUCAUCCUAAUGCCUCUCGGACCACACAGAUUAUAUGAACACUGCACUUCUAAUGUGCUCAUGUAUUUUAUGUUUUAUUUUUUGUUUUAGAAAAUAAACUAUUUAUGUUAAGAAAUCAUAAACAA